AAAACUGCAUCGGCGAUUUCGCGGAUUUGAGGAGAAAGCAGUGGCUGCAAAGGGAAGCGGUCCUUCCUUGCGCGUGCUUGCUUGCUUGGGAAUUCGCAGCAACACACACCGUGUCAGCUGCCACUGCUGCCGUGACACUACCGUUGCGACUGCUGGUGUCAUUUCGACUGCGCCCUUUGCCCUCUCGGUUUGCACCACAGUCAUGGAGUUGGAAGACGACAUUGUGGAUGCACCCCACAACCCAAUCUCAGUGUCAGGUUCGAGCACCGAGUUUGAUUUGAAUGGGGAAGAAGCCCAACGCGCGUUCGUGGUCAAGGAGCAUGGUGCAAAUGAACACCACAACUUCUGCUCAAACCGCAUCAGCACGGCCAAGUACAACCUGGCCACGUUCUUUCCAAAGUUUCUUUACGAGCAGUUUAGCCGCCAUGCAAACCUGUUCUUCCUCUUCAUCGCCCUGAUUCAGCAAAUACCCAACGUGUCGCCGACGGGCCAAUGGACAACAGCGCUGCCGCUGUCCAUUGUUCUCAUCAUGACCGCCGUCAAGGAACUCGCCGAAGACUUUAAACGCCACAAGGCCGACAACGAAGUGAACCGCCGGAAAGUGAAAGUGUUUCGCGACCUCACCUUCCGCACCGCCAGAUGGACUGAGGUGCGCGUUGGCGAUGUUGUCAAGGUGCUCAACAACCAAUAUUUCCCCGCCGACCUCGUCCUCCUCUCCUCCUCUGAGCCAGAGGCGAUGUGCUAUGUGGAGACGGCAAACUUGGACGGUGAGACGAACCUCAAGAUCAGACAGGGCCACCCGCAGACAGCGCACCUCCUCACUCGCGAACGCAUCAGGACGCUGCAGGCGCGUGUUGAGUGCGAGACGCCGAACGAACGGCUGUACAAGUUCGUCGGCAACAUCAUCAUCACGCGGCCAGACGGCAGCGAGAACGUCGUUCCUCUCGGCGCCGACCAGUUCCUGCAGCGCGGCGCGCAGUUGAAGAACACGCCGUGGGUGUACGGUGUUGUUGUGUUCACGGGCCACGAGUCGAAACUGCUCAAGAACAACAAGGCUGCCCCGAUCAAGCGGAGCAACGUGGAUGAUGUGUACAACCGUCAGAUCAUUUACCUCUUCUUCACACUGGUGUCGCUCGCUGUGAUGUGCACGAUUGCAUACGCUGUGUGGACCGGCGAGCACAGGAGCGACUGGUACUUGGGAUUCAAGUCCAAACCUCCACUGAGCCCGGGGCUGACACUGUUCACGUUUAUGAUUCUCUUCAACAACCUCAUUCCCAUCUCCCUCAUCAUCACCCUCGAUAUUGUCAAGUACUUUCAGGCGCUUGUGUUCAUCAACAACGACGUUGAGAUGUACGACGAAGCGACAGACACACCCGCACGCGCGCGCACGUCCGCGCUGAACGAGGAGCUGGGCCAGGUGCAAUACAUCUUUUCCGACAAGACCGGCACGCUCACGUGCAACGAGAUGGUGUUUCUCAAGUGCAGCAUUGCCGGCGUUGCAUAUGGGGACGUGCAGCAGGACCCGGGCGUGUUUUCCGACCCGGCGCUGCUGGACAACUUGACGUCUGGUCACGACACGGCGUCGGUGAUUCGCGAAUGGCUCACGCUGCUCGCGGUCUGCCACACUGUCAUCCCUGAACGCGACAGGACGGAUCCAGAUGUCAUUGUGUACCAGGCUGCGUCGCCGGACGAGGCUGCGCUGGUGUCUGCAGUGAAGCGCCUGGGGUUUUCCUUCAACGUGCGUCAGCCAGAUCGCGUGGUCAUCAAUGCUCUCGGCUCCGAUGAGACAUUCUUCAUCCUCAACGUUCUUGAAUUCAACUCCACUCGCAAGCGCAUGUCUGUGAUUGUCCGUGAUGAGAGCGGGGCCAUCAAGCUGCUGACCAAGGGUGCCGAUUCCGUCAUUUUCGAGCGCCUCAGUCAGAACCAGCCCUUUGCAGAUGCCACAAAGGAACACUUACACCGGUUCGCCACGGAGGGCCUGCGAACGCUGUGUGUCGGCGUGCGUCUGCUGCGAGAGGAAGAGUACAACGAGUGGGCGCGCGUGUACGAGGAAGCGAGCACCGCCAUCCACGACCGCGCCGCAAAGCUCGACCGCGCCGCAGAGCUGAUUGAGAAGGACCUGUUUCUGCUCGGCGCGACGGCGAUUGAGGACCGGUUACAGGAGCAGGUGCCCGAGACCAUUCAGGCGCUGGCAAACGCAGGCAUCAACAUCUGGGUUUGCACGGGCGACAAGCAGGAGACGGCGAUCAACAUUGGCUUCUCCUGUCGCCUGUUGAACUCGACGAUGGACCUGCUGAUUGCCAACGAGACGACGCUGCCUGCAACAAUGGCGUGGUGCGAGCGCGAACUGGAGGCGCUUGAGGACCACGGCGACCGCCCGCUCGCGCUCAUCAUCGACGGACCCACCCUCGAGUUUGCUCUCGACCAGAGCCUGCGCCUGCGUUGGCUGCAGCUUGCAAAAGCGUGCAAGGCCGUUGUGUGCUGUCGCGUGUCCCCUCUGCAGAAGGCCGAAGUUGUCAGACUGGUGAAGGAGAACGAGCGAGCCAUUACGCUUGCGAUUGGCGACGGUGCAAACGACGUUGCGAUGAUCCAAGCAGCGCACGUUGGUGUCGGUAUCAGUGGCAAAGAGGGCCUGCAGGCCGCCCGCGCCUCAGACUACAGCAUCGGCCAGUUCCGCUUCUUGCAGCGGCUGUUGCUGGUGCACGGCGCGUGGAGUUAUCGUCGUGUGACCAUGCUUAUCCUGUACUCGUUCUACAAGAACAUCGCCCUCUACCUCAUCGAGCUGUGGUAUGCCUUCAGCAACGGCUUUUCGGGCCAGAUUCUGUUUGAGCGGUGGACAAUUGCGACGUACAACGUGGCGUUUACGCUGUUGCCACCGGUUGCAAUUGGCAUCUUCGAUCAGCACCUCAGUGCAGAGACCCUGCUUGCCAUGCCACACUUGUACAAAUCUGGACCGCGAAGAGAGCACUUCAACACGCGCGUGUUCUGGGGAUGGACCCUCAACAGCAUCUUCCACUCUGUCAUCCUCUUCUGGCUCCCACUCGAAAUGUUCCGCGGGGAUACGAUUACGGCCGAUGGGCAGGUUGGCGGGCAGUGGGUGCUGGGCCACGUUGUCUACUCCAUUGUCGUUUACACCGUCACCCUCAAGGCCGCGUUGGUUACGGAGUCCUGGACUAUCUACAACCACAUUGCCGUGUGGGGCUCUGCUCUCAUUUGGCUCGUCUUCACCUUUGCGUACUUUGAGCUGUGGGCAGCGCCUGGCGUGUCCAUUGCCCACGAGGUGUUUGGCAUUGGUCGCUACAUGUACAGGAGCGCGCGUGUGUGGUUCAGUUUCCUGGUGAUUCCUGCGCUUGCGCUGCUGCGCGACGUCGUGUUUGUGCUUGUGCGUCAUCUCCUCUUCCCCACGGAGGAAGUGCGGCUACAGCGCCUCGAACGCCGCCACCAAGUCAUCGCCAAGAUGCCAGAGCAACUGUGGGCUGAGAUGCAUGGACGUGGCACGGCCCAGGACUACACGGGCUAUGCCUUCAGCCAGAAUGAGAACACAGACUCCAUCACUCAGAUGGAGAUCAUUCGGCGCUAUGACACGACCGUUGAGAAGCCGCAGGGCGAGUAACACCGCAGCCCUGUUCCGUUUCAUCUCUCCUUCGCACGCUCUCCUCUCUCCUUUGUAGUUCGUCAAGGCGCGAUUAUUUGCCGUGUUACCCGUAAACAUUCCGUUUCCAC